CACGCCGCGCGUGACGUACCAGCCUCGAGACUGCUUUCCGGCGCGCGCUGCUGUCAUUUCCAGCCGAGCAGAGGGGCAACGGAGCGGCGGAGGGGGUCAGUUAGAGCCCGGGUGCGCCCAACUUCGCCAAAGACCGGUCCAACCUCGCAAAAGUUGGUGAAAUCUGUCAAAUCAGUCGACCACUGCCCUCUGCAAGAGCGAGGAGAAGAUCUUCUCUGGGACGUCAGAAGCAGCUCUUCCGUUUGUGGGAAUUAAAGGGGGGGUGACCUCUUUCUCUCCUUCUCUCUGCUGGUGGGGACACCCGGGAGCACACGUUGCUGUGUUUGAGAGUUUGACGCUCUUUUUAUCAGACUGCAAUGCACCGCUUAAGGACUUGUGCGGCGCGGCUUCGGCCGAUCACGGCCUCACAGACUGCUAAAAACGCGUCGCAGCAGAGGCCUGCGGCCACGCUCAGGACGUUUCAGCCAAUCAGGCGCUACACGGCGCCAGUGGCCGCCGAGCCAUUCCUGAAUGGGACAAGCUCAAACUAUGUGGAAGAAAUGUACUACGCCUGGCUGGAGAACCCCAAGAGUGUGCACAAGUCUUGGGACAUUUUCUUCAGGAAUGCUAACGCAGGGGCUCCUCCGGGCACUGCCUACCAGAGUCCUCCUCCUCUUGGGGUGAGCCUGGCCGAACUGACCCAGGCCCAGUCUCUGGUUGGGGCUCAGCCCAACGUGGAGAAACUGGUGGAGGACCAUCUGGCCGUGCAGUCUCUCAUCAGGGCCUACCAGAUCCGGGGUCACCAUGUCGCUCAGCUGGACCCCCUGGGGAUCAUGGAUGCUGAUCUGGAUUCGUCCGUCCCCACCGACAUUAUAACGUCUUCGGAUAAACUUGACCUUGCGCAUUUCAAGGAGCGUCUAAGUGUUCUAACUGUUGGAGGCUUUUAUGGCUUGGAUGAAUCGGACCUGGAUAAAGUGUUCCGGCUGCCCACCACCACCUUCAUUGGGGGCACGGAGAGCGCCUUGCCACUGCGGGAGAUCAUACGCCGCCUGGAGAUGGCGUAUUGCCAACACAUAGGAGUGGAGUUCAUGUUCAUCAAUGACCUGGAGCAGUGCCAGUGGAUCCGGCAAAAGUUUGAGACGCCUGGAGUCAUGCAGUUCAGCCUGGAGGAGAAGAGGACCCUGCUGGCCCGUAUGGUCCGCUCAACCAGGUUUGAGGAGUUCCUGCAGAGAAAGUGGUCAUCAGAGAAGCGUUUCGGGCUGGAGGGCUGCGAGAGCCUCAUCCCCGCCCUGAAAACCAUCAUCGAUAAAUCCAGUGCAAACGGUGUGGACACUGUGAUCAUGGGCAUGCCUCACAGAGGGCGUUUAAAUGUUCUGGCCAACGUCAUUAGGAAGGAGCUGGAACAGAUCUUCUGCCAGUUUGACUCUAAACUGGAGGCUGCAGAUGAGGGUUCAGGUGAUGUGAAGUACCACUUGGGGAUGUACCACAGGAGGAUAAACCGUGUGACAGACCGGAACAUCACACUGUCUCUGGUGGCCAACCCCUCACACUUGGAGGCCGUGAACCCGGUGGUGCAGGGCAAGACCAAAGCCGAGCAGUUCUACUGUGGGGACACGGAUGGAAACCGGGUGAUGUCUAUCCUACUCCAUGGUGAUGCCGCUUUUGCCGGACAGGGCAUUGUCUACGAAACUUUCCAUCUGAGCGACCUGCCUUCAUACACUACCCAUGGCACCGUGCAUGUGGUUGUCAACAACCAGAUUGGCUUCACUACAGACCCCCGUAUGGCGCGCUCCUCUCCAUACCCCACCGAUGUAGCACGUGUGGUCAAUGCCCCCAUCUUCCAUGUUAACGCGGAUGACCCAGAGGCCGUCAUGUACGUGUGCAACGUAGCAGCUGAAUGGAGAGCCACUUUCCACAAAGAUGUAGUGGUCGACCUGGUGUGCUAUCGCCGUAACGGCCAUAAUGAGAUGGAUGAGCCCAUGUUCACUCAGCCGCUGAUGUAUAAGCAGAUAAAGAAGCAGAAGGCUGUCCUGCAGAAAUACGCAGAAAAACUCAUUGCCGAGGGCGUCGUCACACGGCAGGAGUACGAGGAGGAGAUAGCCAAAUAUGACAAAAUCUGCGAGGAGGCUCACGGUCGCUCCAAGGAUGAGAAGAUCCUUCACAUUAAGCACUGGCUGGACUCCCCCUGGCCCGGUUUUUUCACUUUGGAUGGUCAGCCCAAAAGCAUGAGCUGUCCUUCUACUGGACUGAGUGAAGAGGAGCUCAAUCACAUUGGGCAGGUGGCGUCAUCCGUACCUGUGGAAGACUUCACCAUUCACGGAGGCCUGAGUCGUAUUCUGAAGGGCCGUGCUGAGAUGAUCCGGAACCGGACAGUGGACUGGGCUCUGGGAGAGUACAUGGCCUUUGGCUCUUUGCUCAAAGAGGGCAUCCAUGUCCGUUUGAGUGGUCAAGAUGUGGAGCGAGGAACCUUCAGUCACCGUCACCAUGUCCUCCAUGACCAGAACGUGGAUAAGAGGACCUGCAUCCCCAUGAACCACGUCGCCCCCAACCAAGCUCCCUACACCGUGUGCAACAGCUCGCUGUCUGAGUAUGGAGUGCUGGGUUUUGAGUUGGGCUUUGCUAUGGCCAGUCCUAACUCUCUGGUUCUGUGGGAGGCCCAGUUUGGAGACUUUCACAACACAGCUCAGUGUAUAAUUGACCAGUUCAUCUGCCCCGGACAGGCCAAAUGGGUCCGCCAGAACGGCAUAGUUCUGCUGCUGCCACAUGGAAUGGAGGGCAUGGGUCCUGAGCACUCAUCUGCUCGUCCUGAGCGCUUCCUGCAAAUGUGCAAUGACGAUCCUGAUGUUUUCCCUAAAAUCACUGAUGACUUUGAUGUGCGUCAGCUGUAUGACUGUAACUGGAUCGUGGUGAACUGCUCCACUCCUGCCAACUACUUCCACGUUCUGAGGAGGCAGAUUUUGCUGCCUUUCCGGAAGCCACUCAUCAUCUUCACUCCUAAAUCUUUGCUGCGCCACCCAGAGGCCAAGUCCAACUUUGACCUAAUGCUGCCAGGCACCCAUUUCCAACGUGUGAUCCUGGAGGAGGGCCCUGCAACCCAGAACCCAGCUGAAGUGAAGCGUCUGAUCUUCUGCACAGGGAAAGUCUUCUAUGAGCUCACACGCGAGCGCAAAGCUCGUCAUAUGGAGAACGCUGUGGCCAUCGCUCGCAUCGAGCAGCUGUCUCCAUUCCCCUUUGAUCUGGUCAAGGCAGAGACAGAGAAGUACCACAACGCUGACCUGGUCUGGUGUCAGGAGGAGCAUAAGAAUCAGGGUUACUAUGACUACGUGAAGCCCCGCAUGCGCACCACCAUCGACCGCGCCAAGCCUGUCUGGUACGCUGGUCGUGAACCUGCUGCCGCUCCUGCUACCGGAAGCAAGAAUUCCCACCUGCUGGAGCUGAAGCGUUUCCUGGACACUGCCUUCAACCUGGACGCCUUCAAAGACCACAUCUAAUUUCACUCUUACAAACAACUCAAACCUUGAGUCAUCCGUUCUCCCGCCUCCUCAGUCCUCCAAACCAAUUCUCAUUAUAGCGCCCAUACCCUGUCCAAAACACUGCUGUUCAGACUCACCCCCCACUUUAUCUGUCACACACACUCUGACUUCAGGCCUAGGAACAAAAGGUAGAUCUCCAAAUGCACAAAAGCACUCUUUCCGUCCUCAGCACUCGCGCUCGCUUGUUACCUCUCUGGAUUCCCUAUUGUUGGGCUGAAUCUCCUCACAGCGUCCCUGCAACCUGCUGUCAUCUGCAGUCAUCGCGUUCAAACGUGUUUUUUUUCUUUCUUCAAUCCUUUAAAAGCCAAACCACACAAACUAGCAUGGAUGUAAACGGUUAAUACUAAUUUGACAGAUGGGCAACCAAAGCAGUUUGUGAAAGUUUUCAGAAAUCUUAGAAAUACUUCUAAUAUUUAGUAGUAGAGCUGUUAUUAAGUAAAUGCUGAAGGUUUUUAUCUUGCUCUGUCUGCAUAUGAAUCUGUGACAGACACUGUGACAAAGUGCUAAAGGUAGAAGUGGUUCAGGUCCCCAGUGGCUCCUGUUUAGGACUAGAGUCAGUUUUAGAACUUGUGAUCCAUCCACAAACAACACGAUGAUCAAAAAUAUUUCACUUUUUGUUCCUUCUGCUCUGUUGAUCUAGAGUAAUUAUGCUUGCACUCAGAUAAUUAUAUCCAAAUUUCUUUCAAGCGCUUUAAUGAUUUCCUUUUUUUUGCUUUAUCAUCACUCACAUCCCAGCCGUUGGAUGAUUGGAAUGCCGGAAUAAGGGAAAAAUUUAGCGUGAUCACACUCAGGAUUGCAUUCCUGGGUGAAGUUGUACAGAAGAUGGAUAAACCGACACAUUUCCAGUGUCUUUGCACUGUUUUCUGGCAAAAAAAAGGUCUUCAGAUAGGGAUAUUUUAGUCGUAUGAUUGUAUUUAUAUGAAGCUGUUCGCACAAAAGGAGAGGUUCAUGAUUAAUGGCAAAAGUAUGAAAGGGCAGGAAGAUGAGUGCUGCCUUGUCCCGUUUUUGAGUGCAUUCUCAAAUAUUGCUCACUAAGACCCCCUCUGCCUACUGUAAACUUCAUUGCUCAUAGUUUUCUUCCUCCAUCUCAUGUGCCAAAACAAUACGCCACUGCUCUGAUUGGAAGAAGUAACGGAACAGCACGGCUGAAUUCACGGUGAAUCCUGUGGGUUUGGGAAUGCUCUACAAAAGAAAACGCAGGAAAUCGCAUCUUUUGCUUGUCUCUUUCAGAGAGAAUGGAUGAUUUUAUUUAUUUUUAUUUUACGGAGCUCAGAGUCCUGUCCUUGUUUAUCUUCAUUCAAUAAACACAUUAUCUUCUCAGA